AUGGAGAGCAACGUGUCCUCUGGGAACUGUACCCAUCCCCAGAUGUCCUUCCAGUCCACCCUGUACGCAACCACUUACACCCUCAUCUUCAUCCCUGGCCUUCUGGCCAACAGCGCUGCCCUGUGGGUCUUGUGCCGCUUCAUCAGCAAGAAGAGCAAAGCUGUCAUCUUCAUGAUCAACCUGGCCGUGGCCGACCUGGCUCAUGUCCUCUCGCUGCCCUUGCGGAUGUAUUACUACAUAAACCACACCUGGCCGUUUGGAAGUUUUCUUUGCCAGGUGUGCUUCUACCUGAAGUAUCUCAACAUGUACGCUAGCAUUUGCUUCCUCACCUGCAUCAGCAUCCAGCGGUACCUCUUCCUCCUCCAUCCCUUCAAAGCCAAGGACUGGAAGCGGCGGUACGAUGUAGCCAUCAGCGCUGCUGUCUGGCUCUUCGUCGGGGCAGCAUGCUUACCCCUGCUCAUAGUCAGGAGCCCAGCUUUGUCCAACAGCACGAACACAUGCUUCUCAGACCUGGGGGUGAAGCAGCUGAGCCCGGGAGCCUCCAUCGCACUGGUGACGGUGGCAGAGCUGUUUGGGUUUGUCAUCCCCUUCAGCAUCAUUGCCUGCUGCACCUGGAAGAUGUGGCAGUCCCUGCGGGAAUGUACAACACAGCUGCAAAACACCAGCGAGAAGCAGAAGGCUUUGCGCAUGGUCUUGAUGUGCGCGGCUGUCUUCUUCAUCUGCUUCACCCCCUACCACAUCAACUUCCCUUUCUUCAUGAUGGUGAUAGAGAACAUCAUCCAGGACUGUGCCGUUCACAGGAGCACACUCCGCUUCCACCCCAUCUCCCUCUGCCUGGCGAGCCUCAACUGCUGCCUGGAUCCCGUCCUCUACUACUUCAUGACCUCUGAGUUCCAGGACCAGCUCCUGCGCCACAGCUGUGCCGCCCUGCGGGCUCGGUUCACGCGCCGCAGCAGCAGCCUCUCCAUCACCGAAACUGGCCAUGACAUUCGUAUGAAGAAGAGAAACCUUCCGCGCUUUAAGUUUUGGUCUCUUCCCAAGUUCUUUGACCGAAUAAACAGCAUGGAAAUCCCCCCCAUGCCACCCGACGAGCUUCUGCUGGAGUCCAUCUCUUGAAACUUAGGCCGUUUCUCUCAUGUAGGUGCUUCUCAUAGCUUGACUGAAGAUUGCGUUAGGUCUCCAAGUCAGUCUUGAAUUACCCUUACAUGCAACAUAUGCCAGGUCUGACCUCGAAGGACUUUUUGAGGAAAAAAGGUUUGCUGGUUGUGUUGUCGCUGUUGGGGAGUUUGCCUUACAGCGUUCUCUGCCACGUUACUGUUAAAAUACCUGAAGCAGCCGUCGCCAGUGCCAGUGCUUCUGUGCUGAACUGCAGCCAGGUUUGGGUCCCUCUCAUUUCUGUUGUUUCAGUGCUUCUACAAACUUGUGUUUUUUGAAAAUCUUUCUGAAUCCGGAGUUGUGAGUGGGCAGCUCAGCCUCCACACAGCUUGGCGAGGUAGCACCAGUGGAGUUUCAGCCCCAACCACAGCUACCCAAGGCCCGUGAUGGCUUACACCAUCCACCAUGAGGGUCCAGAUCAGGACAGUUAAUUAUCUCCAUG